AUCAAUAAAAGCAAAACUUUUGAAAAAUCUGUUACCGCUUAACGGUUUUUAAAAUUUACUCGUGUGAUUCUUAUAAUAUAUCAAUAAUUAUUCGAUAUCAAUAAUGGAAAGUCCUUCUUUAUUCCUUGUCGAGGAACGUGUUAAAACAUUCAAAAAAUGGCCUUUCGGUGAUAAGAAUAAAUGUAACAUCCGUAAUAUGGCUGAAGCUGGGUUUUAUUCGGUGGCUACUGGCGAUGAAGAUGCAGACGCAGCAAAAUGCUUCCUCUGUGGAAAAGAACUGGAUGGUUGGGAAGCUAGCGAUGAUCCUUGGGCAGAGCAUAAAAGCCACGCCUCUAAAUGUGCAUUUGUUCAACUCGGAAAAAAAGAAGAUGAAUUAUUGCUUUCAGAGUUCCUCUCGGUCAUAAAACAGUAUAUGAUUAAUGAAACUAAGCGCAUAGCAGAACUAGCUAAAGAACAAAUUGAUGAUAAAGCAAAAUCGGUAAGAAGAAGAUGCUUAGGAAGGAAGUGAUUAAAAAUAGAAUGUUUAUUACAAGUGUGUAGUUAAUUAUUCAUUAAUAUUAUGUAAUUUGUAUGCUAAGACUGACUUUGUUUAUUAAUACAUGGAUAGAAAAUAAUUAAUUGAAUUGUUUCCCAUGUGUAUUAUAUUUAAAAAAAAAAAACAUUAUUAUAAUCUAUUCUUUUAAAAUUUAUAAAUAUGCCCUUUUUUUACUUUGGUUCUCAAUAUCUUUGCUGUUGUUAUACUAAUGAAAAAUUUGAAUGAAUUUAAAAUUAAAUUACAUUCAAUCCUAUUUUAAAUGAAAUGAAAAUGAAUAAAUAGUGGAUUUUUACAUUGCCAUGUGCAUAUUAAACAAUAUUUUAAACAAGUGAAUCUUUAAAAGUUAAUAAUUAUAUCUGAUAUUUAAAUUAUUACAGUACAUGUGUUUAGUUGGUGUUAGGCAAAGCGAGGCAAGGCAAAUUGCUUAUACAUAAAUAAAAAAUUAUAUAAAGUUGCAGAUACAGAAUACAAUAAUUUCUAACUUAUAUAUAUAUUUACUGUAAAUCUCUUAAAAGUACCCUAUAUGUGCCUCUCAUUUUUUUUAUUGUAAAUAUGUUAAUUAAAGAAUUUCCAUAAC